GGUUGUCUGCUGCUAGGUCGGCUCCCGUUUUACAUUUCCUCACUAGAUGGUGUGCAAGCCACUGGAGAGUACACUUCGGCGCGUAGUAGAGCUCAGAGAAAACAAACCUGGGGAACAACACGCCGCUGUAGAUCGUGUGGUUUUGCGGGAAGAGAAAGUCGGAAUUAUCCUUUCAAAUCUAAUUUUUUAAGCCCACAACGAGGACAUCAUUUUAAACCGACCUGUGAUGGACAUAAUGAACGCGGUGCAAGAUGCGUGUGUCUCCGGUCAGUGGCUCACCGCUAUCAUUCUUAGCCUUUGCUGCGUUCUCCCUUCUUGUUUGCCUGCUGGACAAACUGUGGACUAUUCCUCAAUUACAAGUGCUGUCUUCAAACAAGGAGACACGGCAAUACUGAGAUGCUACCUGGUGGACGGAAAAUCUAAAGGAGCAUGGCUGAACCGCUCCAGUAUCAUAUACGCAGGGACUGACAAGUGGUCUGGGGAUCCCCGAGUGUCCAUCAUAUCGAGCAUUGGGGAGAAGCACGAGUACAGCCUACAGAUACAGAAAGUGGAUGUAGCAGAUGACGGCAUGUACACGUGCUCCACCCAGAGUAAACGCAACACUGCGCCCAAGAACAUUCAGUUAAUUGUAAGAGUUCCUCCCAAGAUACACGACAUAUCAUCUGAUAUAACGGUAAACGAAGGCAGCAAUAUUUCGCUGAUCUGCACAGCCACUGGCAAGCCGGAGCCCACCAUCUCCUGGAGACACAUCACUCCAUUAGCCAAGAAGCAGGAAAAUGGGGAGUAUUUAAACAUCACAGGAAUAACUCGAGACCAAGCUGGAGACUAUGAAUGCGGCGCCGGAAAUGACGUCUCCUCUCCGGACACUAAGAACGUCAGAGUCACCGUCAACUUCCCCCCCACCAUCCACGAGAUGAAGAGUCAUGGAGUGAGUCUGGGCCGCACCGCCCUGCUACGCUGCGAGGCCGCCGCCGUCCCCACUCCGGACUUCGAGUGGUACAAGGGAGACAAGAGGCUGUACAGGGGCCAAGGGAUUGAUAUCAAGAACCUCAGCUCCAGAUCUGUACUCACAUUUAUCAACAUGACAGAGGAUCGCUAUGGCAACUACACAUGUGUGGCCAUCAACAGGCUGGGGACAGCCAAUGCCAGCGUGCCUCUGCUCCCGCCCAACACGGCACCAUAUGGGAGCACGGGGAGCGCCGGCGUCCUGCUGUCCUGCCGAUACCUGGUCCUGGUGCUGUCCUGCGCCGCCACCGCCACCGCCACCACCACCGUUUACUAGCGCCUCUGUGCUCUCCACGCCGACGGCCUCAUUGACACAUACACCCACAUUCACACUCAUGAUACAGUGAACACACACACAUACAGUACAUACGUACCUGCAUACACACACAUACAAAACGCAUAGUACACAUACACGCACACUCCAAUACACAAGUGACUGUAAAGGGAAGAGCCCGCCAGCAUUUUUUUCCGUAAAUGGUGCUGAUUGCUGGGUCUAAUCUGGUAGAGUUUGUUCAACAAGACAAAAACACCGUGGGAUAUAAUCAGCGUUACUUGUUUUUAAAAGAACGGUCAUCUACUGUUUUUUUUUUUUUUUUCCUCUUCCUCCUGCUGUUUUGACUUUUCUUUUUCUUUAAUUUCUGCAAAAAGAAGAAAAAAAAACAUUUCCAUUGUGUAAAUAGUUAUGAUUUCAUUUUCUUUCCGUUCUGAUUUUAUGAUUACCCACUUCUGUGAAUCAGUUUGCAUUGUCAUUCCCUCCCCAUCAUUCCCCCCAUUCCCCCCUCCUUUUUCAAAGCAACAAUUUCAGCCAUGCUUCUCCGGCAAGGAAUAGCUACUAAUUGGGGUGGUGUUUGUGUAAAAAAAGAGCAGAGUAGGCCGGGUGGGCAAGGGGGGGGACUCACUGUGUAUGCCAGUGCAUAGUUUGCAUACUAAUGUCCAAGCUGUCUCCCAGGCAGUCAUAUUCAUUUAAACCACCCCAUUAAACAGGCCCUGACCUUCACCCCAAAUCCCCCUCCACCUUAUCCCACCCCACACCCCUAACACACCACCCCACACACACACACACACUCACCUUCCAACCCAUCACCCUCCCUUUUGACCAACCCAUCCUCCCAAAAGUAACACCUUCAUCCGGCUCGCCACUUCAACGCACACAUCUUUUUAUUUCUCCCCACACCCGUUUCAUUUUAUGGAUUCCGUUGCUGUAAUGGGGGAUGGGGGGGUUAUUAUUGUUUGUUUUUUUUUCCGCUUUUUUUGUAACUCUGAAUCUUAUGACACAAUAGUCCAUGUUGUUCAGUGUUUGCAUAUUAUUGUGUCUUAAGACAUGAAUGAAACAAUGAUCAAAACAAUGAAUGAAUGAAUGAAUGAAUGAAUGAAUGAAUGAAUGAAUGAAUGAAUGAAUGGAUGGAUGGAUGGAUGGAGGGAUGAGUGAAUGGCUUUCAGCUGACAGAGAGAUCAUUAGAGAGGGUGAUGAUGGUGUAUAGCCUCUGUGAAAGGGACCAGGCUGAUACGUUGCCGAUAACAAUAGCUCGUUGGCUAUUAUUACUACUGUGAGUGGGAGCACAGGCAGUAUAUGAACUCUAAAAUGAGGGGCCCAAGUGGAGGUUCAGCUCAGCACAGCACGCAGCAUCAGCGAAAAAACGCUCCCGUCUCAAUGCUUGAGGAAGCAGGGGGAUGGAAAGCCGGAUAACAAAGUUGAAGUUAUGUUUAAAAAAAAAGCUGAAAUCAGCAGCGGCUAUCUGUUUAACCUCCAUUCGCCCAGCGGUCCAUGAGAAUUAGAGUUUUAUUCCCUUUUUUAUCCAUCUAGGAUUUAAUCAUGAACCCAGAGUGUGAAAAGGUCUGCCAGCUACAGAACAAAACUCUAUCCGUGCCAAAAAAGAAAAAGAAACAGGAAAAUAACCUUCGAGCCAGUAUGGCAAUAUUGUUGUAGAAACUCACAGAUUGCUGUAUCACUUUCUCUCUCCUUAUCCAUUUCCCUUCAUAAAUGAUGGACUGAGUCAGUGUUGAAAUGAUGACUGCUGCGUAAAAAAAAAAUAGGACACAUGAGUUGUUUGCCAGUAUUUGUGAGUGGGUUAUUUGUUCAAUGACUAAAAAGGGGUUUCUCUGAGCAUAUCUAUCUCAUUCAGAAAGCACAUAAAGUAUUGUACCUAGUGUUUGCAGGGUGAUGGGAGGGGAAUAAUGACCAGUAUUUAUUGUGACUGAGUAUAUCAUUAUGUCCGCUGUUCUUGUAAAUUAUUUUAAUUUUGUCUCAAAGCUAUGAGGGAUUUUAACUUUAAAUAAAAAUGACCCAUACUUUUUUGUUUUGUUUAGUUGUAAAGAGAUUUAUGAUGGAUUUUUUGCAAUAUGUUCUUUUUUUCCUUAUUGGUUUACAUACAGUAUGACAUACUAAAUAGGGGAAGGGGCAAAAUGUGCAUUGUCUUUUUUUUAAGCAUUAACAACACAGAUGUGAUGCAUCAACAAAAAUGUGAAACAAAUAUCAAAAGAAAGAAGUUUAGUGAGGCAUAGUUUACAAUAUUUGUCUGUUAUUUUAGAUGCCAUAAAUGCAGUUGGUUCUUGUCAAAUAAAUAGAUGAAAAAGAAAAAAAUAUUUGUAAUCCAAUUAUCUACUUUUUUGAAACUCAGAGGAUCUGAAACAGUAACGAUACUACAGUAUAGAAACGAGUCAGUUGUGUGUACAUUUGGAGAAAGUAGACUUCAUUUUUUCAACUUAACCUUACCUGUAGAGCGAGAGGUUGACCUUAGUGUGACCUCUACCUUCCAACACACCAUUUCCCAAUGUCAAGUGUUCUAGCCUUGGUAGUGUGUGAA